AUGAGACCGGACUACAUGGGUGUCAUGUUCCUAACGAGCGCCGUCGUCUCGUUCAACGCCGGCAUGUGGCAAAUCUUCCGCCGCGCCGAAAAGAAGCGGCUGAUGGAGAACCACAAUAAUCUUGCGAAGCCCCCUCUACACGAGCUCCCGUCGGACGACGCCGCAUGCAACGAGUUCGAGUUCCGCCGGACCGAGCUGGAGGGCACCUUUGACAACGAGGGCUCCAUGCUUGUCGGCCCACGCGCACUGCCCUCCUUCAAGGGCGCUGCGACCAACGACGAGAGCAAGGGAGGCUUCUUCGUGCUGACACCAUUCGAAAUCGCCAGCACAAAGCAGUUCGUGAUGGUGCACCGCGGCUGGGUUCCCAUCGAUGCGGGGAAGCACCGCACGCUGCUGAUGCAGUACAUCGGCGAGGGCUUCGCCGCGGGGACGGUGCGCGGGAUCCUGCGCCGCGAGGAGUUCAUCUCCGGCUCGCUGCUGUGGGGGCCGAGCGAGUACAACGACGGGCCCGCCGCCGCGGACCUCUCGUGGCUCGCAGUGCGGCCGUGGAACAUGGUGCUCGACUACUACCGGCGCCGCUGGGGGCAGCGCGGCGCUGACGCUGUUGUUGCCGAGCGCGGUGCCCACCACUACUACGUGGAGAUGCUCGAGGACUACUCGGGCGACGACCAGCGGCUGGUGCGCGGCCACGCAUGGCCGUGGCGUCGCAACGUCGAGGAGGUGACGUACGUGCACCUGCUGCCGGUUGUGCACACCAUGUACGUCUUCUUCUGGUUCUCCGUCACGAUCGGCUCCCUCUACGGCAUGGGCCGCUGCUACCAGCACCAGAAGAGGCUCUUCGCUAUGCGGAAGCGCAUGACGGCGCAGGCGACGCAGUUGGAGCGGCGGCGGCAGGAGGAGGCGCAGGCGUACCUGCAGGCUAUGCAGGAGGUGGAGCGGGUGAAGCAGGUCGGCGCCGCGGCUGCCGCGCAGUUGGGGGCGCAGCAGCAGCAGCAGCAGCAGCAGGAUCGCAAGGAACAACCACCGCAACAAGAAGAAAGCCCGGCCGGCGAUGAGGCACAGAAGAGGCCCUGA